AUGUUUCCAUUUUUGUUGUCGCCAAACUCGGCUCCUUCACAUCUUUUAUGUGCAUGGUUGGUGAAUAUAUUCGGCUGUGCGUUUGCCUCAAUCCGUCGUCUUCCCUUCUCGCCUGUCAUUCGCUAUUUCAUCAUCGUUGAUUGCUUGUCUCGUGUCGCCUCGAUGACAGCCCCAGUGCUCGUCAAUUAUUGUGUUAUUUUCGGGAACAAGGAUCAAGAAUGGUUGUGCCAUCUGACAGCAAAUUUAACUUUCAUCCGGUCACCAUAUUAUUUUCAAUACUUCAACGAUAUCACAAAUGUCGUACAAAUGGGUGAG